GUCGAUUUAGUGGGGGAUACAGACUGUUAAACAGCAGGCAACAGAGCAGAUUCUAACGAGAGAGAGAGUGUAAAAGGGAAAAUAUUUAUUUGGCACAGAAAGUAUGUCAUAUCAAAUUGGCACUCACAAAGAAUAGUCGCAAUACUGUUUACUUCAGCCACGGUCAUCAAGAUUAGCUUUUAGAUUUGGAAGUAAAGUCAAGUGUAAAAUUGGCAGCUAUGGCGGAUACUUCCAAAUUUCUGUGGAUCAUUUUGAUUCUGUUUUCCUCGACACGUGAAAUCUUGGCUAAAAGUUUAUUGAAUGAAAAACAACUGGACAGGACAUCUGAGGAAGAAAGUGCCGCCAUUCUUGACCGUUUCACUAAGCUCAAUGAAAUUAUUAGCAGAGUUAAACUACUGGGAAAAAAUAAUCAACAGAAACAAGGGAGAGAAAGAGGUUAUGAACUAGCAGACGACAAUAGAGGAAGCACUGCAGACGAUUUUGAACGAGCUUCGGGCCAUCUUGACACUAAAAUUUCAGAUUUGGUGGACAGUCUUCAAGACGUUAUUGGCAUGUUACGGAAUGAGAAGAGCUCAGAGAAUUCAGAAGGACUAAAACAACAAGAAAAAAAUGAAGCAAGUCCAUCCCAAAUGUUCCUAGAUUACAGCAACAAGCUUGACCAAUGCAUCAGUGAUCUCCAAACCAUAUCAAGUCGUGGAGAAGAUGGUCAGAGAUUAAAACGAGGUCCUGCAAGAUUGUGUGAAUCAAGUGGUGGUGGUAACAGUAGAAGGUGCUGAUGAGGAACGGCGCAACAGACAGAAUGUCAAACAGAACAUUGACAAGAACAAAGAGACAAAAAGCUCAAAUGUAUUGGCAUCACUGACAUAGAUAUAUUUUAAAACGUAGAAAUAAAAUAAAUAACAUAACAAUAAA